AUGCACCCCGACUCUGCCCUGCCCGACCGCUCCCUGCCCCGACCCUGCCAGACCCUGCGCUGCGGCGACCCGCUCCCUGCACCCCGACCCUCUGGCCUGCCCGGACCGCUCCCUGCACCCGACCCUGCCCUGCCCGACCCGCUCCCUGCACCCCGACCCUGCCCAGACCUGCGCUGGGACCCGCUCCUGCAACCGCCGACCCUGCGGCCGCCCGGACCCGUCCCUGCACCACCCGACCCUGCGCUGGGGGACCCGCUCCCUGCACCCCGACCCUGCCCAGACCCUGCUCUGGGGGACCCGCUCCGGCACCGACCUGCGCUGGGGGACCCGCUCCCUGCACCCCGACCCUGCCCAGACCCUGCGCCGGGGGACUUGGUCCCUGCACCUCGACACUGCCUUGCCCGGACCCGCUCCCUGCCCCCCGACCCUGCCCUGCUCGGACCAAUCCCUGCGCCCCGACCCUGCCCAGUCCUGCGCUGGGGGACCCGCUCCCUGCACCCCGACCCUGCCCAGACCCUGCGCUGGGGGACCCGCUCCCUGCACCAGACCCUGCGCUGGGGGACCUGCUCCCUGCGCCCCACCUCUGUGCCGGGGGACCUGCUCCCUGCACCCCAACCCUCCCCUGCCCGGACCCGAUCCCUGCGCCCCGACCCUGCCCAGACCCUGCGCUGGGGGACCCGCUCCCUGCACCCCGACCCUGCGCUGGGGGACCUGCUCCCUGCACCCCGACCCUGCCCUGCCCGGACCCGAUCCCUGCACCCCGAUCCUGCCCAGCCCUGCGCUGGGGGACCCGCUCCCUGCACCUUGACCCUGCCCUGCGCGGACGCUGGGGGACCUGCUCCCUGCGCCCCAACUCUGCGCCGGGGGACCUGCUCCCUGUACCCUGACACUGCCCUGUCCGGCACCUAG